AUGAUGCGAAGGGCACUACAACACAUCCACAUCAGCAAACCGCACAACCCAAUCCCCUACGCCUCCGCCGCCCGCAUCCAAGACCACUUUGUCCGCGCAAACCUCGACUACAAGCUCGCCGCCUCCGCCGCUGCUCCCGAUGCCCCCGCCAGUCCGCCUCCGCCGCCGACGGUGCUCACGAUGGAGAUGCGGCCGGUGUAUACUUUCGGUCGACGGCAUGUUGAUGAUCCGGACGCGAAGCGGCAGAUCGAGCGGUUGAAGACCGAGGCGCCUGGUGCGGACUGCGUCAUCACUCAGCGCGGAGGGCAGGUUACAUUUCAUGGACCCGGCCAGCUCGUUGCUUUUCCUAUUUUAGAUAUCAAAGAGUAUAACCUCCGUACGAAAUGGUACAUCUACGCCCUCGAACACGCCGCCAUCGCAACCCUCACCAACGACCCAUUCCACCUCACCUCCGCGCAAACAACAGACAACGUCGGCAUCUGGCUCUCCCCCACCGACAAAAUCGGCUCCGUCGGCGUCCAUCUCCGCCGCAACAUCUCCUCCCACGGCGUCGCCGUCAAUCUCUCGACCGACCUCACCUGGUUCGAGCAUAUCGUCGCCUGCGGACUGCCGGACGCGCGCGCGGUCUCGGUGCGUCAGCGGAUCGGCGAGGAGAGGUGGCAAGGGCUCGAGAGCGAGAGGGAGGGGGCGGAUAUGCUUGAGUGGUUUGCGGGGUUGUAUGUCGACCGGUUGGCGGAGCAGUUGGAGUGUGGGGUGGAAAAAGUCAAGCUCGAGGAUGUAUACAAAGAAUAA